AACUAUCACUUUGAUUCUCAUAUAAAUAUACGCAUUUAUCUACUCAACACUGAUACGAUACUGUGUAAAACUCCUUCAUCAUCAUCAUCAUCAUCAUCAAACCAAAGAUGAAGAGGAUUUCAAUUUUCUUUCUCUUUCUGCUUCCUCUUUUAGCCUCAUGUGUACAGAAAAAGGUUUACAUAGUAUACUUUGGAGAACACAGUGGAGAUAAAGCAUUGCAUGAAAUAGAAGAAACCCAUGUCUCUUAUUUAUUUUCCGUUAAAGAAACUGAACAAGAAGCUAGAGAUUCUCUUCUUUACAGCUACAAGAACAGCAUCAAUGGAUUUUCAGCAUUGUUAACUCCAGAACAAGCUUCCAAACUGUCACAAUUGGAAGAAGUAAAAUCAGUAAUUGAAAGCCAUCCAAGAAAAUAUUCAGUGCAAACAACAAGGUCAUGGGAAUUUGUGGGGUUGGAAGAAGGAGAAGAAGUCCACCACUCCAAUAGUCACUUUGACUUGGAAAGAGAGUUACCUUUCAGAGCUGGAUAUGGCAAACGAGUCAUUGUUGGAGUCAUGGAUAGUGGUGUGUGGCCAGAAUCAAAGAGUUUUAGUGAUGAAGGGAUGGGACCCAUUCCCAAAUCAUGGAAGGGAAUCUGCCAAGCUGGGCCUGGAUUUAACUCCUCCCAUUGUAACAAGAAAAUAAUUGGAGCUAGAUACUACAUCAAGGCAUUUGAACAAGAUAACGGUGCACUAAAUGUCUCGGAGGAUUCCAGGUCACCACGUGACAUGGACGGCCACGGAACUCACACAGCCUCCACAGUUGCCGGAAACCGGGUCCAUGAUGCAGCAGCUUACGGUGGAUUUGCACGAGGAACUGCCUCUGGUGGAGCACCAUUGGCCCAUCUAGCCAUAUACAAGGCAUGUUGGGCACUUCCUAACCAAGAAAAAGCGAAUGGCAACACAUGUUAUGAGGCAGAUAUGCUUGCUGCUAUAGACGAUGCCAUAGCCGAUGGAGUCCAUGUAUUGAGCAUGUCCAUUGGCACUACUCAGCCAGUUCCAUAUGAACAAGAUGGCAUUGCCAUUGGUGCCUUUCAUGCUGCCAAGAAGAAUAUUGUGGUGGCUUGUGCUGCUGGCAAUGCAGGCCCUGCUCCUAGUACCUUGUCUAACCCUGCUCCAUGGAUUAUUACUGUUGGUGCUAGCACUCUGGACCGUGCCUUUCUAGGUCCUAUUGUGCUAGGCAAUGGCAAGACAAUUAUGGGACAAACUGUGACUCCAGACAAGCUAGACAAAAUGUACCCAUUAGUGUAUGCAGCAGAUAUGGUUGCCCCUGGCGUCCUCCAGAACGAAACCAACCAAUGCCUCCCAAAUUCACUUUCUCCUGAUAAGGUGAAGGGAAAGAUAGUAUUAUGCAUGAGAGGAGCUGGAAUGAGAGUUGGAAAAGGCAUGGAAGUGAAAAGAGCAGGAGGUGUUGGUUAUAUCUUAGGAAACAGCCCAGCAAACGGCAAUGAUGUAUCUGUGGAUGCUCAUGUUCUUCCUGGAACUGCAGUCACCUCUGAUCAAGCAAUUGAAAUUCUUAAAUACAUAAAGUCUACAGAGAAUCCAACAGCUACCAUUGGAAAGGCAAAGACAGUCUUGCAUUACUCACCUGCACCUUCUAUGGCUGCAUUCUCUAGCAGAGGUCCGAACGUCAUUGAUCCUAAUAUUCUCAAGCCUGACAUCUCAGCACCAGGAGUAAAUAUAUUGGCAGCAUGGAGUGGAGCAUCACCUCCUACAAAAUUAUCAACUGACAAUCGAACUGUUAAGUUUAAUAUUGACUCAGGAACUUCUAUGGCUUGCCCUCAUGUGGCUGCUGCAGCUGCACUUCUCAAAGCCAUUCAUCCUACAUGGAGCAGUGCUGCUAUAAGAUCUGCCAUCAUGACCACAGCAUGGAUGAAAAAUAACAAGGGUCAACCAAUAACUGAUCCAUCCGGUGAGCCUGCGACUCCUUUUCAGUUUGGCUCAGGCCAGUUCCGGCCGGCAAAGGCAGCAGACCCUGGUCUAGUGUAUGAUGCAACAUACAAGGACUAUGUUCACUACCUUUGCAACUACGGACUCAAAGAUAUUGACCCAAAAUACAAGUGUCCAACAGAAUUAAGUCCAGCAUACAAUCUCAAUUAUCCAUCAAUAGCAAUUCCAAGACUCAAUGGCACUGUAACUAUUAAGAGAAGUGUGAGAAAUGUCGGUGCUAGCAACAGUGUCUACUUCUUCACUGCCAAGCCACCGAUGGGAUUCUCCGUAAAAGCUUCCCCGAGCAUUUUGAACUUCAAUCAUGUUAACCAGAAGAAAAGCUUCACUAUAAGAAUUACAGCAAACCCUGAAAUGGCAAAGAAGCAUCAAAAGGAUGAGUAUGCCUUCGGCUGGUAUACUUGGACCGAUAGUUUCCAUUAUGUAAGAAGCCCUAUUGCAGUGUCUUUAGCUUAAUAAAUUAGAUUUUCCCUUUAGUUCUUGGUAAUUUAUUUUGGUUUAACAUAGGAACAUAUAGAAUAAAUAGAAAAAUGAUCUAAAAGAUUUGAUCAUAGGCCGUUGAAGGAUUUGGAUGGAGAAUAAUUUUACAGGGCACUUUAUAGUUUGUUAAAGUUACUUCCUUUUUGUUUAGUUUAGUGAUCAAAUAAGAAUAAGAUAUUUUAUUUUAUUUCCAA